GUGAUCUUCAGUCUCUUCAUUGAUUGCUGUUGCUGCAAGUCAUCACUUAGAAGAACUUUUAGGAGUGGAUCUUGAAGAUACCAGACUCUAGUAUCUCAAAAGCUGGAGCGUAUUCGACGUUCGACUUGAUAGUGCAACUUUUCGUCUCACAACAAGAAAGCAGCAGCUUGUCACUUUGUCGGCGAACGCUAAGCCUCUUGCUUCUGGUCUGUCUCCUCUUGGGUGUGAAAGCGUCGUUGGUACCUCUUACAAGAACGCGUCAGAACCUGUGUGCUCCUCGUCUCGUACCAACUCUGUCCCUUGAUUUUUCGAAAAUCCAUUGAGUGCUGGUGCUCCAAUCGCUGUACGAAGAACAUCAAAUCGCUGUAUCGAAGAUGGUGCUGUCUCGCAAGAUGAACAAGACGGCUGGAGCCGUAUUGCUGGCCAGUACGAGCAGCAUGGCGCAGCAAACAGGGCUGUUCAAGGUGAUCGAACUUCUGGGUGCAAAGCAACAGGAGACGAAAAAGGUGAUGCACGAGGACGACGUUGUGGCGACAGCAUACGCUCAGUGGUGCACUGGCGAGAAGGCAAACUUGGAGAGGGAAAUAGAGGAACUCGAUGAAAAAGUCGAUAAGUACGGCGCUCGUUCGGAAUCGGAAGCGGCAAAACAGAUUAUGAUAGAGGACAAGAUGGUUUAUACUGUAAACAAAAACUAAGAGAACAAAAAAACAAAACUACGAAGUCUACUUACAUUUUGUCGUCCACCAGGAAUUUAUUUGACCAAGUGGCUCAAGCGCAACGCACAGUUCUUUCAUCUGCCAGACAUUCGCCGAAGAAGCGAUGGAAUUGCGCGCCGAAGUAACGAGCAACCAGAAGGAACUGGCGGAUAUCACGGCUGUCCGCGAAAAAGAGGCGGCCGAAGCCAAAGCGACGAUUCAGGAUUAUGCUGAAAGCUUGGAUGCUAUAGAUCGCGCUAUUCUCACCAUGCAAAGCAAAGUAACCUCUAUUCCUGCCACAGCGCUUCUGCAAAUGGAGGAGGCUGCGACUCAGCUGCUGCGUGGAAAGGUAUUUUUUUAUGAUGCUUUCUAAACAAACUCGUUGUAGUUUUUGAGGUGUCGUUGCAAAAUAUUCGCUCUGACAAACGCUCAGCAGGUUUUAUGGAAGUAAAAACUGCUCUCGACGAAGCAGAACUACAAGCUGCAAAAUAUUUUACUCCACCACAACCCUGUCGAUUCAUAACCCGCAUUUACCAUUACCUUCUCAGAUGUCCAAAAAGCCGGUCGACGUUUUGACUUCUUUUUUGUCGACCGUUGAGAAAGUGGAUCUCGAGCAAGAACCCGGAGUGGCAUACGAGCAGGGAAAAGCAUUUAAGGAUGUGAUUCGCCUGUUGCAGCAACUCGAGGAUAAAUUUCAGUCCGAAAAGAACGCCGCAGAGACUGCUGAGCAGAAUGCUAUUCAUGCGUACCUACCCAUAUGAUACUAGAAGACGCACCUAGACCUAGGCCCACGCCCACCUACAACUUGUAGUACUGAUUAAGCCUGUAAAGGAGAUACGGUUGCUUUUCGCGACGAAACAGUCUGAAGCUUUGUAAUGUGGCUCUGGCUCUCCCUCAACACUGAUCUUAGAGCUGCGAUAACGCUGACGAGUAAAGCAUGUAAAGUCCUGAACAAAAAGAAUAAGACGACCAGGUACACCCAGCAGCGAAUGGACUUGACGCACAUGAUCGAGACGGACACAAACGAGGCUGAGCGCAAGGAGGAGGCGUCCGCCAAGGCUGGUCAAGAGAGCGCCCAGGCUGCAGCUGACCGCGAUGGCGCGGCUGAGGACUUGAAGAGCACGAAGAAGUCGUUGGCCGACACCACCAAGACGUGCCACGCAAAGGCAGAGCUCGCGGAGCGCCGUGCCAAGGCCAUGCAGGAGGAACUGGACGCCAUUUCGCAAUGUGUCGAAGCUUUGGACGCCAUCAAGAACAAGGCUUUGCUGCAGCUUGGAAACGCAUCUGGUGUGAAGAAGGCGGUUGCCGCCAAGAAUUAUGAGACACGCUGUGCCACAGCCACUUCCCUAUGUAUAAGUACUUAAAUAGUGAUAUCGUUCCCACUUACAAGAUUUUUUGUCUGCUGCUGCUUCUUGUCUUACACGACCGUGGUAAGCCGCUGCUUGUUUUGAGCGACUUUGUCGGAGCUAAUGUUCCACCGGGGCUUAUGAUUUUGCUUAUCUUCAAAGCAACUAGUAGUGGUACAACUCAGAAGGAACUGCUCUAAGAACAGACCGUCAAGUCCUUGUUGCAAGUUCUCUCCACCAAGAAGAGUCGUGCUUCCCCGAUAAUCGGAAACAAGAUGGCUGAUGCGGUUGCUUCCUACCUGACCUCGACUUCGCCGGCGGAGACCGCUUCCGGAGAUGUGAACCAGCAACGUCUGCGCAAGAUGCAAAUGUUCCUCCAAAGUCAAGCUGGAAAGCUCGGUAGCCGCCUUUUGGCUCAGUUGGAAGCCCGCACGGAAGCCAAGGACUCACCCUUCGACAAAGUGCUCAAGCUGAUCCAAGGUACUGCACUAAAUGCAUUUCAUCUACUAUCGGGCAGAUUCUAGGAGAUUUUCCUAGCUGAUUUCAGAAGCAUUCAUCUCCUGAAACCGAUUAAACCGACACCGAGCUUCGUUUUGUGAAAAGCGAAAGAUAAUUUUUAAAUUUAUCAUGUCCUCGCCAGUCUCGGUCUCCUUGCUUCCUCAGGUUUAAUCGCACGUUUGGAAUCGGAGGCUUCCGAGGAGCAAACCCACAAGGCUUGGUGCGACUCCGAAUUGGCUAAGAACAAGGCCUUGCGAGAGGAGCGCUCUGCCAAGGUCGAUGGCCACAAGUCUCUGAUCGAGGCAGUGUCGGCGGAUGUCGAAUCGCGAACGGCCGAAAACAAGGAGCUUGCCGCCCAAAUCACGGAACAGACUGCGCAAGUUGCGACUCUGCAGGCUGACCGGGUUGAGGAGAAGAAAGUCUUCGAUGAAGCAGUAAAGGACGCAAAGGAGGUGAUGGACGCUGUCGAGUACGCCAUUCAAAUCAUGGAAUCGUUUAACAUGAAGGGCGUGGCGCUGCUGCAAGCCUCAACUUUCGUGAAGACGAACAAGCAGGCACCGGCAGCAUUGGAUGAUGAGUAAUUCUGUCGGAAUUUGGAUCAUUUGGAAUUAUGUAGUUGUCAAGGUCCUCAAGACUGUACCGUAAAGCACGUUCUGUUUGCAUAUGUACUGCAGGGUAAUACUGUUUUCUAGUUCAUCGCACUGCAUCCUCAAGAAGAAGCGAGCUGUCUAUCAGGUAUGUCGGCGGCUUCGGAAGCAUUGUCGCUAUGUUGGAGGUCAUCGGCGAAGACACCGAGAAGCAGACCGCGGAGCGCAAGCGCGAUGAGGCUGCCGCCAUCGAAGAGCACAACAAGACGCUGACAGACCUCAAGUCUGCUAUCGCUGUUGCAAAAUACGACUGGCUCUUGUAGUGUACUAGCAUGUGUACUUGUACUAGAAGUACAUGCCCAGAAAGCGGACCCAUCAAGGGCCCGCUGCGCUGGGCAUAGGUUAGCAACUAGAAAGAUAAGACUACGACGCAAGCCCCUAAGUCACCAAGCUAGCGCCGCGCGGUUGGUUCAGCAUGGACUAUCGUGGACGCUCCUCAUGGCUAAACAAGCGGGCGGGCUGUCGCUGUCUCGUGGCUAAGGAUCGAUAAGGUAGCAAGCUGGUUUUGGCUCAGCUAGCGAGCUGGAGUGGCCAUGGCAAAGCUAGCAAGCAUGCUGGCCAAGAUUAGGCUAAGAGGUUGGCCCUGGCUGCCGGGCUAAGCUAGCAAGGUGGCCAUGGCCAAGCUAGCGAGCUAGGUAGCUGGCUAUGGCUAAGAAAGCAGCUGCUGAGCUAGGUCGCGCAAAGGAAGCAGCUACCAAGCUAGGCAUGGCUAGUCAGCUAGUAGCAAGCUAGCUAUGGCCAAGGGAAGGAGCCAGCAGGCAAGCUAUCAUGGCCAAGUAGCUAGCUUGCUAGCUAAUGCUAAGUAGGGCCGAGCAGCUACCUAGGAAGCUCGUUAGCUAUGGCGCAGCAGCUAGCAAGCUAGCUAUCCCUAAGCAGCCAGCAGGCUAGCUAUGGCUAAGCAGAGAGCUCUAUAGCUAUGGCCAAGUAGCUACCUAGCUAGCUAGCUAGCUAAAGCUAUGGCUAAGCAGCUAGCAGGCUAGUUAUGGCUAAGCAGCUAGCAGGCGAGGCUCGCUACGGCUAACCUAGCCAGUGCCAGGUAGCUACGGGCAAAGGGUAAGGAAGCAAGCCAGCUAGCUAGGGCUAAGCAGCUACCAAGCUGGCCAUGGCUAAGCUAGCAGGCUAAGCCUAAGGCCCCUCACGAGGUGGCGCUGGCCCUGAGGGGAGAGUCUAUUACUAGCCUAAGCUUAUGACAUCCCUAGUUAAGCGGCAUUUUUGUUCCUUAAGGAAACAAAAGCUAUAAAAAUAACUUUUUGUAAUAGAAAUCGAUCCUCUGAAGAAAUCAAUUUCCUUAAGGAAGACUUUGAAGGAUUUGAGAAAAGUUGCGUACCUUGUAAAUACUACUAUUAGAUAGAACGAUGUAGCUCAUAAAUAAUUUUAGUUAUAAAUAUUUACAUUCCACGAAAUCCUGCAAUUCCAAAAAUCAAAAAAUUUGGAACACAACAAGCCCCUAGGAAAUUUGCAUUAAGGCGUUCACAAGAUCGAUCGGCACCUCUACUACGACUGCACGAGCCCCAUCCUUCUGCUUCCCACAUUCAUCUUUCGCAAAACGUGAAGCACAACAAGUCAACGAUCCAGAGCCAGGAGUCUCGCAAACAGGCUGAAAAGGAGGACCUGCAAAUGGAGACCGAGCUGUUGAACCAGGCCAUGAAGGAGUAUGAGGAAUCCUUGAAGCCUUCCUGUGUGAACGCCUCCAGCUACGAGGACCGCGUUGAGAAGCGUCAGCAGGAGAUCGAGUCCCUCCAAGAAGCCCUUAAGAUCCUUGAGGGACAGUAAGAAGUGCUGUCGAUGCAUAGGGUCGUAAUCUCAGGUUUUCUUAACUAGCGAUAUGCUGGUGGUUACAUGCUUUUUGGAGGGGUAAAUUGUACAGAUAAUAAUGAAGUAGUUGACGUAAGUUGUCUGAGAAAUUAACUGAGUAACCUCUUCCCAUAGCAGGACGCUUUUAAGGUUUCCCCUUAAGCUAAGAGGUGUGCUGCAGAUCUUGAUUGGCUUCUGCCUGUAAAAAGGCGAAGGCUUAGGUCCAGCGACGCUCAAAGCACUAAAUAAAACAACCGGCUGGCUUUUCCUCAUCCUCUUCUUCUAACCUAGGUCCAUCCCUUCAUGCAUUAAGUUGUACAGAAAAAAGAAGACAAGGUCUACAACUGCUUGGGGUAAAAAGUAAUAAAAAGAUCCAGAAUGUGCAUGUUGAUUGUUGAAGACCUUCAGACAUAAUCUUUCUAUCACAAUUCUAUAAGUCGUGCUCAUUUUUUCCACAUCUGACCAUCGAUGAUACAGAAUUCGGAUGCAGGUUUAUGUUUUUUCCUCCAGAAAAAAAAUAUACCCAUUAUACAGAAGCAGAACUGACACGUAGUUUUAUUUCGUAGUAGAAAUCCUUUUUCUGAUCAAGCCCAACGCCAACAGGGGGACGGACAACACGCGCUCCAAUUCCGGCAUUGGACGAGGCUGAGGCGAGAAGUAGCUGCAGAGACACAAAAAAGUAUUGCGUUUGCGUGUCUAUUUGUUUUCCCUAAUGAGUUAGUGGUCGAGCGGACGGUAGUUGAAGUGAAUGGAUAGAAAAACCAAAAGUUGGAAAGCGACAAAGUCAAAGAUGUUCGUCGCAAUGAAGGAGAAUAUAGAUUGCAAAAGCUGUGGCGCAUAUAUAUAUAGAUAUGUCUUCCAAACAAAAGCUAAGCUUGAUGUCGUACAACUAGAGAAUAAAUUGCCGCAUCGCACGCGAGCAUACUAGGAUUGGCCAGCAGUUUCGCUUUGCCUUCGCACCUUCAAACCCAAAGCAAAGCUUUGUCCAAUACAGAUGACUCUGAGUUCCAGCAAUGACUGAUAGAUAACAUAUAAGUAGAUACAUGACGCCAUCCUGACGAAAUAACACGGAUGAUGGCGACAGAGCCAUCGCGAAAACGAACAGAAAACGGC